AUGACUAUUACUCUUGACGACGGCAGGGGUCUUUUGAGCAUCCCAUGUACUGGAGAGUUUUUCACACCUCCCGUAAAUGUUAAUGAAGAUUUGGCAAUUGCUGCUGUUGUUGAGUUGUUGGGAGUUGCAUAUGAUGAAGUUGUCACUGAGACUAGGACCAAUAGAGGGGCCUCGUAUAGUUUUGAGUGGUUGAAAGAUGUAUUUUUUAAGAAACUUCAUGAACGAAGAUAUGACUAUGUAGCUAGGGCAUAUCUACUUCAUUUGGUAGAGUGUAUCAUUCUUGCUGAUAAAAGUUUUACACUUGUAUCUGCAAAAUAUCUCUUUCUGUUUCAAGAUCUUGAUAGUUGUUGUAAAUGGGCAUGGGGAUCGGCUACACUUGUUGUGUUAUAUGACUAUCUUAGAGAUAGUACAUUGCCUGCAACCAAACAGAUUGAAGGAUAUUUAUCUUUAUUUCAGACUUGGAUUUAUGAACAUUUUCCUGAUAUUUGUAAACGAGAUAUGGAUGAACAUAUUUCCUCGAUGCCACAGAUGUUUCGUUGGACUGCAAAACAUACAUCUGGGAAUGUUGCAUAUUACAGGGCAAAGUUGGAUGCUUUGAGGGAUACUGAUAUUAUCUGGGCAUCGAAUUACGAUGAGAACGCUGUGACACGAUUUCAGUCUGUGUCAUUAUUUACAGGAUACAUUCAUUGGUAUUUCACGAUGGUUUCGUAUUUACCCGAGAGGUGCAUACGACAUUUUGGGUAUACUCAACACGUUCCUCCUACACCACCGAUGCUUGUUGCACGUGAUGUCGAUGUUGAAUAG